AUGGCUCGAAAAACCAUAGGCAGGGCUGAGAAGACGGAGGUUCUGAGCGAAGAUCUCCUGCAGGUCAGCUGGAAUCAGAUCCAGGCUGACCUCCACCGGGACAGCAACCUGAUACGACUGGCCGGAUUGGCUGAGAAGACGGAGGUUCUGAGCGAAGAUCUCCUGCAGGUCAGCUGGAAUCAGAUCCAGGCUGACCUCCACCGGGACAGCAACCUGAUACGACUGGCCGGAUUGAAGAUGCUGCGGCUCUGCGGGGAGGCGGAGGACAAGCUGGCUCAGGAGCUCAUCCACUUCGAGCUGCAGGUGGAGCGGGACGUCAUCGAGCCCCUCUUCGUGCUGGCUGAGGUGGAGAUCCCGAACAUCCAAAAGCAGAGGAAGCACUUGGCAAAGCUCGUGCUAGACAUGGACUCCUCCAGGACGAGGUGGCAGCAGUCCGUGAAGUCCUCGGGCUUGGCCAGCAACCUGCAGCCCUCGGGUGCCAAAGCCGACGCUCUCAGGGAGGAGAUGGAGGAAGCGGCCAACAGAGUGGAGAUCUGCAGGGACCAGCUCUCGGCUGACAUGUACAAUUUUGUGGCCAAAGAAGUAGACUAUGCAAACUAUUUUCAAACCGCGUGGAUGGAGAAGCCCUCCUUCGGGAAGCCCUUGGAGGAGCACCUGGCCGUCAGCGGGCGGGAGAUCGCCUUCCCCGUGGAGGCGUGCGUGACGAUGCUGCUGGAGUGCGGCAUGCAGGAGGAGGGUCUCUUCCGAGUGGCUCCCUCGGCCUCCAAGCUGAAGAAGCUGAAGGCCGCGCUGGACUGCUGCGUGGUGGAUGUGCAGGAGUACUCGGCCGACCCGCACGCCAUCGCAGGAGCCCUCAAGUCCUACCUGCGAGAGCUGCCGGAGCCCCUCAUGACGUUUGAGCUGUAUGAGGAGUGGAUCCAGGCCUCCAACAUCCCGGAGCAGGAGAAGCGGCUGCAGGCUCUCUGGAGCGCCUGCGAGAAGCUGCCCAAAGCCAACUACAACAACAUCAGGUACCUGAUUAAAUUCCUGGCCAAGCUGACCGAGUACCAGGACACGAAUAAAAUGACGCCGAGCAACGUGGCCAUCGUGCUGGGGCCCAACCUCCUCUGGCCGCAGGCGGAUGGGGCCCCCCCCGCCCGCCGGCAGCACGACCAGGCGCGGCGGCCCCUCAGCGUGGCCACGGACAACAUGAUGCUGGAGUUUUACAAGAAGGAUGGGUAG